UCUUUUCAAAACUCGUUUUGGUCUAAUCAAGACGACUAUGAGUCUGGGUUGGUUCUACUCUAUAGCCAAUUGAGGAAAGGCUGUUUAGAAAAUGAAAAAAUUUUAGCCCUUUUUACAGAUAGAAAAAAUCUUGAGCUCUCAUAUGGUAACUCCCUCCAUCAAAUCUGUUCUGAUAACAACUUGGUCUUGAAUCCAUCAGAUAAUAUCGACUUGAACCCUUCCGUUAAAAACUCCUUUAAAGGCAUCAAUGAUUCUAUGAUCAAAGAAGGCUCGUCACGAAUUAAAAUUUCUCAGGACAUUGACUUGUUAGUUUUAAGCCCUUUUAGAAAAUGGUCUAUUGAACACAAAGAAAGAAUUAAUUUCUCAGAAAAUUUUGUUCUUGAAAACAUUACAAAGUAUAAAACAGUUCUUAAAGAUACAUUACAUUCAAAAAACAAAUAUUUUAUCAAGUAUAAAUUUGCAGAGGAUUUUAAGCAAAAGUUGGAUAAAAAAAGUCUUGAUGAAGGUACUUUGAUUAAUGACGUUUCUGUUGAGGAAAAACCUUCAAUCAAAGAGCCGGUUGUCUAUUAUUUAGGUGGAGCAGAAUAUGACGAGCCACAAAUGAAGGAAAUUAUAAAGCAGUUAUUGAACCAAGUUCAGGUCACGUCCAUUAAAAGGUUUCUUGUUACUUAUGAUAAGGUAUCAACAGGUUCUAAUAUUGUACAAGCAAUUCAAAAAACUCUUCAGAUUCAAAAUCUUGAGAAAGCUGAACUCGCUGGUCAGGACUUGAUUGAAGAAGGGUUUUUGAGAUCCAUUAUUUUUGCUUCCAAUGAUUUUGCCAAUAGUUCUAAAUUAUACUAUCAAUGGAAGAAUGAGGCUUAUAAACUAGCAGAUAUACCAUUUAAUUCAGAACAAAAUUCAAAUGAAGUCGAAAAAGAAAAGAAAUCUUUACCAAGUGCAACCUUAAUUCAUAGAACAAGUACUACAAUUGGUCCUUCCGCCAUUGCUUCUUACUUUGAUGGUGUCAAAGACAAAUUUGUUGUAACGGAAACAAAUAAAGAAAAUUACAAUAAAAUUCUUAAAGAUUUGAAAAGGUUGGAUAAUGAAUAUGCGGCCUCGAUCCAAUAUCUUGAUGAAUCCAGAUUAAAAUUAGAGGAGCUAAUAAUGGAUCACCUUGAGUUUAUGCAAAGAUGUGAGUCAGAUAGAUUAAAGGCAAUCCAAAAAAUCUCUUAUGACUUUUUAGAUAUUUUUUCGAGAAAAUCUUCAAUUUUCAUAGAUUGCCUUAAAGAAGCUAAAAUGUUUCAAGAAUCUAUUGAUCCAAGAAAAGAUUUAUCAUUUUUAAUUGAAAAUUAUAGAACUGGAUUUUUCAUCCCCAAAGUCAAGGUAUACGAAGAUUAUUUCAGUUCAAAAAUUCUCUCCAAUUUUGGUGUCAAUUUGCAAACCAAAUGCCGAGAUGAUGAUAAAAAUGCUCCAUUGAUAGUCACUAAUAUUUUGAAUUAUAUCAACUCGAUAUAUUUAGACAUGGAAACUGAUGAUAAUAGAAUUGCUGCAUGGUUAACAACUUCCAAGCUACAAUUGGUUCAUCAAUUGAGGAACGAGUUUAAUGAUCCUCAAAAAAAAAUUACAAGGGAAUAUUCGAUUAGUGUCUUGAAGAACUAUAUUAAAACCCCUCAGGUUAUAACUGGUUUGCUAAAAUUGUAUUUGUUAGAGUUGCCAGAUUCAAUUAUUCCAAGCAAACUUUAUGAUGUCUUUAAAAGAAUUUACAUUGACUAUGAAGCAGAUGAUGAUCAGAGAAUUAAUGCCAUCACAAACGCAUUAUCUUCUUUACCUAAACCAAAUAUUAUUACUUUGAAUGCAAUUGUGUCUCAUUUUGAACAAUUCAUUGACACCAUUUCUAAAAGUGAAGCUUUAAAUGAAUUAGUUAAUGGUAAACUUACUAAAUCUGAGUAUGUGAAAUCAGAAAUUUGUCAUGACUAUGCCAACUGUAUUCUUAGAUCUCCAGUUCAAAAUAAUUCCAUUUUUAGUGAUAAGCAUCCAUUUAAACUAUUAAAUGACUUAAUAGUCUUCAAAAAACCUAUUUUCAAAGAGUUAAAGAAG